AAGCUCAAAUUCUUGGUUCUUCACUGUUUAUCUUUCUCUUGUCUCUCCUGAUUCAAAAAGCCUGGAGUAUAAAACCAUGAUCACUGAGCUCUGAGCUCCAACAUUAACAACCAAGAUCCCAACGAAGCAAUUACAGUCUUAUACCCAUGGUUUGAAUGAAUUGGAUAUGCCUUAAAGAGUAGAAAAGCAAGAACAAACAAGAAGGGAACAAGAAAUACCGGGAAGGAAAGAGGGAGGAGAAAGAAUGUCAGGGUUUGGGAAGCAUUCAGGUCCGACAACUGCGCCGAAAUCUGCAAACCCAUUUCAGAUUCAACGUCCUCCUCCUCCUCCAUCCACUGCCCCAAUAAGACCCUCCAGGGGAAUUGAAGCUGUAGAUAGAGUGCGGCCACCCCCGGCAGCUUUUGAGAACUUCAGUCCUGCUGUGAGACCUCAUCAGUAUGGUGGAGUCCAAAGGCCCAUUGAAUCCCCUCCUAGAUGGGCUGGUGGGCAGGGUUUGUUAAAGGAUGAUGCUGCCCAAACUCAUCUCAGGCCACCUGCAGUAGCAUCGUUUAUCGCUUCACGUAUUUCUGAAACUAGUGUUACAUCUAAGAUUGCCCGAUUUCAAGAGUCAAAGAGGGCUAGAUCACCUCCAUCAUUAUCUGUAGAUGACACUGUACCAAGCAACUCCAGUCAAGCAAUCCUUCAGAGGCCUUCUUUUUCUCCCCCUAUGCAGCACAAUCCUGCCAAGUUGCCAGCCAUGUCAAACUUGCCAGCUCAUCAGGACCAGUCUGUGGUCUCAUCUCAUGUAGGUCCCACUGGUUAUAGAAAAAGCUUUGUGAAUGAAGUGCCUGAUAUGCAAGCCCCAAAACAAGCCAGGUUACCACAUACACAACCUGCAGAAGAAGUUACCCAGGAGAAUUUACUAUUUGUUCGCAAUGGCUCUAAAAGGCUUUCUGGAUCUCCUCCACGGUUAGGUACCAAGUCAAAUGAUGUCCCAAUUCGUCCGAGAUCCUUGCCUUCUUCACAUGGUAUUGUUUCUACUGCAGUGAGAAACACUGGGCUUCCAGUUUCUAAGACAAGGUCUCCUCCUUUAAUUUACCGUGAUGAAUUUCUUGAGGAAAACUCCAGUCCCAUUGAAGAUGGUACUGAACGGGAAUUGCAAGCCAAAGCAAAGCGAUUAGCUCGUUUCAAAACUGAAUUGAGUGAAACUGUUCGUAUGAGUCCUCCUGAUAUUGUAGAUCAAAGAUUGUCUGCAAAUAGAUUUCUUCAAAAUGUAGAAGAAAGGAAGAAACUUGUUGGGGAACAUUCUACAGAUUCAGCUGGGGAUUUCUUGAAUGACACUGCUUUAUCUGAUUUUGAGGGCAUGGAAACAUCCAGAAUUAUCAUUGGGUUAUGUCCAGAUAUGUGUCCGGAGUCGGAAAGGGCAGAACGAGAAAGAAAAGGUGAUCUUGACCAGUACGAACACUUGGAUGGUGAUAGAAAUCAAACAAGUGAAUUCCUCGCUGUUAAGAAGUACACUAGGACAGCUGAGAGGGAAGCAAGUUUGAUACGGCCAAUGCCAGUCCUUCAGAAGACAAUAGAUUAUCUACUCAAUUUGCUAGAUCAGCCAUAUGAUGACAGGUUUCUUGGAAUAUAUAACUUUCUAUGGGAUAGGAUGAGAGCAAUUCGAAUGGACCUGAGGAUGCAGCACAUCUUUGACCAAGGGGCUAUUACUAUGCUAGAGCAAAUGAUAAGGCUUCACAUAAUUGCCAUGCAUGAAUUAUGUGAAUAUACCAAAGGGGAGGGCUUCUCUGAGGGUUUUGAUGCACACCUAAAUAUUGAACAGAUGAACAAAACAUCAGUUGAGUUAUUCCAAAUGUAUGAUGAUCACAGGAAGAAAGGAAUUAAUGUUCCAACAGAAAAGGAGUUUAGAGGUUAUUAUGCGCUUCUCAAACUUGACAAGCAUCCUGGGUAUAAAGUUGAACCAGCUGAGCUCUCACUGGACCUUGCUAAGAUGACUCCAGAGAUAAGGCAAACACCGGAAGUGCUAUUUGCUCGUAAUGUAGCUAGGGCUUGCAGAACGGGUAAUUUUGUUGCCUUCUUUAGGCUUGCAAGGAGGGCAAGUUACCUUCAAGCAUGCUUGAUGCAUGCUCAUUUUGCAAAGUUACGAACUCAGGCCCUCGCUUCUCUACACUCUAGUCUCCAGAGCAACCAAGGGCUCCCUGUUACCCAUGUUGCCAGGUGGCUUGGUAUUGAGGAAGAGGACAUUGAAAGCCUUCUAGACUACUAUGGCUUUUCGAUAAAAGAAUUUGAAGAGCCAUAUAUGGUGAAGGAAGGUCCAUUUCUUAACGUUGAAAGUGACUAUCCUACAAAGUGUUCAAGACUGGUUCAUCUAAAAAGAUCAAGAACAAUAGCAGAGGAUGUUGCAGUUUCUCGUGAACUGACAUCCUUGCCCAUAGGAGCAACCAAGGAGAGUCAACUGGGUAAAAUAUAUAAGCAAAGGUUAAAUGCCUUCUCUUCCCCUAGAAGGGCGAGUUCAGUUAUAGUAGUUGAUGAAGAAAUGCCUGAUUCUAAAGUUCUUUCUUCUCCAAAGGAUGGUGUGCAACUGCAUUCAGUGACUGCGACAUCUAUAGGUGUUCAACAGCUCCAAGGUCAUCUCAAGACUGGUGCCUCCUUCAAACCAUUGGAUUUCUCUUUGUCUCGUAGUUCCCCUAGAUCACUGCGAGCCAAAGUUGCAGUUAUGGAGAAAGCAAACAAUGAUGCUCUUGUCACCAUAUUGCCAGAGAGGGCAAUCACUUCUGGCAGAGAACAAAUGCCAUCACAAAUUAUGUCCAAAGCAUCUCUGCCAGAGAGAUCCACUAGUGGUAUAUUUGAUCAUGCUGUGGAAAACUCCAUACCUCAAAGUAUGGCUAUUGAUAAAGUAAAAUCUGUGCCAGCAAGAUCACCUAGUGGCAAAUAUGAUUAUAUUACAAAGGACUCAGUAUCUCAAACUAUUGCUACUAAUGACUUAAAAUCUCUGUCAGAGACACCAAGUGACAAAUAUGAUUAUGCUUUGGAAAAUUCGGUACCUCAAGGAAUGGCUGUUGAUGAUUUAGGAGAUGAACCACCAGAUAGUCAUCUAGAAAUUGAGAGUCAGGAAACAGUAGAAAACAAUCAAGAUAAGGAAGUUGCUGAAGCGAAACUCAAGUUGAUCCUAAGGUUGUGGAGACGACGUGCUUCAAAACUAAGGGAAUUACAUGAACAGAGGCAGCUGGCCGGUGAAGCUGCACUAAGGUCCUUACCAUUGGGUAUUCCAGUUUGGCAGAACAAAAAUCAAUGGAGCACAUUUGGUGAGCUUGAUUUUGAUCAUGUCAUGAGGGAGAGAUAUGAAAAACAGGAAAGAUCAUGGUCAAGGCUGAAUGUUUCAGAUGUAGUGUCAGGUAUAUUGGCUAACAGAAACCCAGAUGCUAAAUGCCUAUGCUGGAAAAUUAUUUUAUGUUCUCCAGAGAGCAAACAAGGAGACCAACUGACACAGAAGAGCCAGGUUGCCCAUUGGGCAGCAGGCUCGUGGUUGUUCUCUAAGAUCAUGCCUUCUGCAGGAGAUAAUAAUGAUGAUGAUUUAGCAGUCUCAUCUUCUGGCUUGUCAAUAUGGAAGAAAUGGGUUCCUAGCCUAUCUGGUACUGAUCUAACAUGCUGCCUGUCUGUUGUUAAGGAUGCAAAUUGUGGUGAUCUGAAUGAGACAGUAUCUGGAGCAAGUGCGGUUUUGUUCCUUGUAUCUGAUAGCAUUCCAUGGAAGCUCCAAAAGAUCCACCUUCAUAACCUUCUGACAUCAAUUCCUCCUGGCUCGUACUUACCUCUUCUGGUCUUGAGUGGCUCAUACAAUGUAGAAGGUUCAGAUCCUUCCUCAGUUAUAGUUACCGAAUUGGAGCUGCAUGACAUUGAUAAAUCACGAGUAAGCAGCUUUUUGGUUGUUUUCCUUGUUGGUAAGCAACAUCUGGAACACUCAAAUUGGUUUUUCAGUGAUGAACAGUUAAGGAAGGGACUGAAAUGGCUGGCCAAUGAAUCACCUGUACAACCUGUUCUUAGUAGUGUGAAGACACGUGAACUUGUAAUGUCUCACUUGAGUCCUUUGUUGGAGGUGUUGGAUAGGACAAGUGAUUAUGAAGUAGGUCCAAAUCACUGCAUCUCAGUCUUCAAUGAAGCAUUGGAUUGGUCAUUGGGAGAAAUUGCUGCUGCUGUUAAAGCAAAUCCUACCAACUGGCCUUGUUCUGAAACCAUGCUGCUGGAAGAUUCAAGUGAUGAGCUUUUAGCAGUGAAGAUGUUCUUGCCAAGUGUGGGAUGGAGCUCAACGGCAAAAACUGCACCACUUGAAUGUGCAUUGAGAGAUUGUAGACUGCCCAGUUUUCCUGAUGAUAUCUCAUGGUUGCGAAGCGGUUCCAAGAUGUGGACAGAUAUUGAUAACCACAGAUUACUACUUGAAAAUUGCUUCAAAGGAUACCUAACACAAUCAAGCAAGAUGAUGGGAAUUUCACUAGCUACAAAAGAGACGUCUGUAAUGCUACAAAGAAACACAAAGCUUGAACUGCAUGGCUUGAACUACUAUCUAGUGCCAAACUGGGUCACCAUUUUCCGUAGGAUUUUCAAUUGGCGGUUAAUGAGUUUAUCAACUGGGGCCUGCUCUCUAGCUUAUGUUUUGCAGUGUCAUAAUGUUGCUGCGAAGUUGGGAGAUUUACCUAAGUUACAGGAUGAAGGUGACACUUCACCUUAUUUUUUGAGUUAUCCAUCUCUAGACGAAGUAAUCGAAGAAGUUGGCUGCAGCCCCCUGAAGUCUCCGAGGGUUGGCUUGGAUCCACAAGCUUCUCAACGAGAGAAAGUCUUCGACAUUGAAGUUCAGGAGGCUGCUAUGACAAGUACCUCCUCCACAAAGGAUAAAGGAGAUUCUUCACAGAAGCAUGGAUUGGCUAUUGCAGAUGAUGUUGCUUGUACGAUCAGAGAAUCAAAUAGCAGUUACAGUGAAAUAGUGAUGGCUAGAACAGAAACGGAUAGAUUAAGCCUGUUGCUGGAGAAAUGUAACAUAGUACAGAAUAGUAUAGGUGAGAAGCUAUCAAUUUACUUCUGAUAUACGAGUUUUUCUGAUGGAAGAACUUUGCUGACUUCCACAUUAUCUUUCCUUAAGAAGAGGUGGUUUUGUAUUCAUAAUGUUGUUCCAGUUUUUCUUCUUUAUGAUGAGCAAAUAACAGGC